UAAUCAUGUACGUUAUUUUUAGACUAUUGAAUUUUAAUCCCACACAUUGUAAUCAUACUCUCAAACAUGACCAAUACGAAUAUUUUUUGUUUGACUUUGUCUGAUUAAAGUUCAAUUACAAUUUCUAGUAUUCUAGAGCGAUUGUACGAAUAGGAAAUACUGAUUUUUAAUUUAAAGCAGUAAACAUAAGUUCGUGAAGCAUUUACAAUCAACAACGAAAUGAUAAGAAAAGGUUAUGACACAUGCGCAGAGAGUGGCAAGAUUUGACCACCAUCAAACCUUAAAUAAAUAUAUACAAAGUGCUCAUAGAUAUUUAUAUUCAAUUGAAUUUUGAAGUUGGAAACAGAAAUCUAUGUCGGGGAAUUUAUCAAUAUGAUAACACUUGUAAGAGGAUGAAAUCAAUAUGUUUAGUGCAUGUCGAUGGCCCACCUGCGCGACAUAUUCGAUCUUUGAAUAUUUCAAUUGAUUUUUUCGAUAGAGAAAUAACUUGAAAUGGUUUUAUUAUAUGCCAUUAUCACAUUACUCAAUUAAACGUAAUCGCAGCCUGACUAAGUUGCGGUGGAUUUACUUAGUGAGUUAGUAACGAAUUAUGCGCGUUGCGUUAGGCAAUUUGUACGAACGUGUGGAAAAGUUAAGUUGAAUCAGCGGUUUAAUUAAUCAAUCGACUUCGGAGUGAUUGGACGCGAUUCAAUCAAAAUUUCUGUUCAUAUUUUGUUAAUUACUUAGCAAGUGUGUGAACAUGAGUUCGUCUGAUAAAGUUACAAAAGUGUGUGCUAAAAAUGGUGAAGAAAGUGAAAACGUGGUUACUAAAAACUCUGCAAAUAAUAAUACAAUGAAAAAUGAUACGUGCAAUAAUAAAAAUAGAAAGUUGAAAUUAAAAGAUAAAGUGUUCGUCGAAAGAAAAUCGCUCAUUCAUGAAAUGUACGAUGUGCAACACAUUCGGAAUAUUCAUUAUAUUUUUAUGGUGUUGCUUUUGACGCUUAUCGUUAACCAUAUUGUUCACGGUAUUAUACAUGAAGGAAGACUGAGUUUACACAUCACUCCAAUCAUACAGAAUUUCUCCGAUGGUCAUCUAGCACUCGUAGGAUGGCUGAUUAUUUUCGGAUUAACUCUUCUCGUGUACCCUGUGUUUCACCUAUGGGCAUCAACUUACAGUCAAAUAACAACAACCAUUUUGAAAGAAUCAUGGAACGGGUUAUGGAUAGCAAUCGUGCUUGGAUAUUAUUAUGAAGUUUUCGAGUGGGCAGGAACGUACGUCACAGAAAACGAUUUGACUUUUACGUCGUCCUUUGCAUUAACUGUUGAAGCAACUAGAUUAUUAAUGAAAACCCACGCAUUCAUUCGCACCAACGUCACAAAACUCCAUAAUGAAAAAGAGAAUUUCAAAUUGGCACCCUUCCGCCACUAUUUGGAGUUUUUAUUUAUGCCAACUCUAGUGUUCAGAGAUUCCUACCCAAGAACGAAAGCUAUCAACUGGACGAGUGUCUUUGUCUACUUCUUUGAAUUUUGUGGAUGUGUUUUCUUCAUCUGUUACCUGUACAACAUGUACUUUGCGCCUGAUUGCAACCACUUCAAAGUUUCUAGCAGCUUUCAACUAAAAGAUUUCGCUUGGCUUAUCUUUCGCAACACCGUACCAAGUCUCGGUAUCAUGAUUAUCAUGUUUUAUUUAAUCCUACAUUUGAUCCAAAACUUGUUUGGAGAGUUGACACGGUUUGCUGAUAGACAAUUUUAUCAAGAUUGGUGGAAUUCAACAUCCUACGACGAAUACUAUCGAAAAUGGAACGUUGUAGUCCACGACUGGCUGUACAACUACGUUUAUAAGGACGUCUUUGAAGCAUUCAACUUAAAAUCCCCUUUAAUACCAAAAUUACUCGUCUUCCUCAUAUCUGCCAUCGUGCAUGAAUACAUUUUAUAUUAUACCAUGCGCAUGUUCUAUCCUGUUUUAGGAACAAUAUUCUUUACAUUCGGAAUGAUUUUCACGUCGUUUAGAAGUCCCCAAUAUUGGCUAAUCAGUGUUCUCUUUCUGUAUAGUUAUGGCUUAGGUUUUUCUAUUACAAUCACGUCGUAUGUGAUUGAAUUUUGCGUUAGGCAGAACCCUUGCGCUGCCAAUUCAACAAUGAUUCCUUUCGAUUGGUUAUAUUCCAAAACUUUAUUUAACGAUUGCGUCAAUUAGAUUAAAAUAUAAUUAUAUGGUGUAUUUGGUAUAAGUUGUAUUAUAGAUCUGCGUAUUUUAUAAAUUUUAUACAGUUAUUUGUAGGGUGAAUAAAUAAAUAAAUAGAUAAAAAUAAA